CACUCUCUUUCUUGACUUAGAAUUCUCCUUCCAGAUCUUCUCCAUCCUCAUCGCCAUCGCUGUGGUCUUCUUCUUUCUUUAUCUGUUCUUUUCUUUUUCCAUUGGCUUUGGCUUUCACUUUCAAGUCCCCUUUAUAAGAACAUCUUUUUUAUAGUUCGAACUGCUAAACUCAAGAGAGUAGUUGGUGGAAACUUCAACUCUUGAAACCACCAUGCUCAAACAUCCCAACUCUUCGUUCCUCCUUUCCCUUUUCCUGAUCUUCACUGCAAUAUGCUUUGUAGAUUCACAAUCCUUCAUCGGCGUCAACUACGGCCAGGUUGCCGACAACCUUCCGCCGCCGGAGGCCACGGCGAAGCUCCUCAAGUCUACGGCCAUCGGAAAAGUCCGACUUUACGGCGCUGAUCCAGGGAUCAUCAAGGCCCUGGCGAAUUCCGGCAUCGGAAUAGUCAUCGGCGCCGCCAACGGUGACAUUCCAAGUCUAGCAUCCGAUCCCAACUCGGCGACUCAGUGGGUGAACGCGAACGUGUUGCCCUACUACCCUGCCAGCAACAUCACUCUGAUCACCGUCGGCAACGAGGUCAUGACCUCCGGCGACCAGAGCCUCAUCUCGCAGCUCCUCCCGGCGAUUCAAAAUGUCCAAAAUGCCCUCAACUCGGUCUCACUCGGUGGCAAGAUCAAGGUAUCCACGGUGCAUUCAAUGGCCGUGUUGACUCAGUCGGAUCCUCCAUCUUCCGGGUUAUUCGACCCAGCUCUCCAAAACACCCUUAAACAGUUGCUGGCGUUUCAGAGGGAUAACAAAUCUCCCUUCACCAUCAACCCGUAUCCGUUCUUCGCUUACCAGAGCGACCCGAGAUCCGAAACACUAGCAUUUUGCUUGUUCCAACCGAAUUCGGGUCGGGUCGACAAGGGUAACGGGAAGCUUUACAACAACAUGUUCGAUGCUCAGGUUGAUGCUGUGCACUCUGCUUUGAGCACUAUGGGCUUUCAGGACAUCGAGAUUGUGGUUGCUGAGACAGGAUGGCCCUCUCGUGGAGAUAGCAAUGAAGUAGGACCCAGUAUUGAAAAUGCCAAGGCCUAUAAUGGGAACCUCAUUGCACACCUUAGAUCAUUAGUUGGGACUCCUUUGAUGCCUGGAAAAUCUGUGGACACAUACAUAUUUGCACUCUAUGACGAGGAUUUGAAACCUGGACCAGGAUCUGAGAGAGCAUUUGGUUUGUUUAAAACUGAUCUUACUUUGGCAUAUGAUAUUGGCCUAGACAAGUCUAGCUCUAGCCAGAAGACUCCACCAACCAAAGCUCCAGUUAGUUCAGGACCUAAAACUGUGACGCAAUGGUGCAUUCCUAAAGAUGGAGUGACUGAUUCUCAAUUACAGGCAAAUAUAGAUUAUGUAUGUGGAAGCCAAGGCAUAGAUUGUGGGGCAAUUCAACAAGGAGGUGCUUGUUAUGAACCUAACACAAUAACAUCUCAUGCCGCUUUUGCCAUGAAUCUCUACUACCAGAAGGUUGGUAGAAAUCCAUGGAACUGUGAUUUCUCUCAAUCAGCAAUUCUUACAUCCCAAAAUCCAAGUUACAAUGCUUGCGUUUAUCCCACUGGGAGUCCCUAAAAAUGGAAGGUUUCAGCUUGUGUCAACUUCAAAAUUAUUUAUAUUAGAGUUAAAUUAACGAAUAAGGCUCUAAUAUUUUGUCCAUUUAAUUUACGGCCUUCCAAUCAUAUAUAGCUUCAAUGAAUUGUGUAAAUGGAUGCCUGUCCCG